AUGAAUGGACAAAUAAUUCAAAAAUGUGGACUGGUCUUGCUCACCCUGCUGGUGUCCUCAGUCUAUACUGAGAACAUUCUGGUCUUCCCUGUGGAUGGCAGCCACUGGAUCAACAUGAAAAUAUUGAUUGAGGCUCUUCAUGACAAAGGUCACAACAUUACAGUAGUACGAGCUUCGGACAGCUGGUACAUUGAAGAAACGUCCCAGUUUUACACUUCUGUCACUUUAGGGAAUUCAGCAAUUUUUGAGCAAGAAUUUAUCUGGGAUGCUGUAAAGAGGUUCUUGGAAAUUAUGAGGGAGGGGUCCAUGUGGGCUCGUCUGAAACUCAUGAAGGAGAUGAGGGACAAUGUAGUUCAAAUGGUAGAGAAAGAGAGAAGAAUGGUGAUCAGCAUGAUUGAAGACCAGGAAGUAAUGCAGUCCUUGAGAGAUACCAAAUACGACUUGCUUAUUACUGACCCUGCUUUAAUGAGUGGUGUCAUUGUAGGCCAUUAUCUGAAACUUCCCACUGUUUUUAAUGCUCGUUUUGCCAUACAUCAUGAGGACCAUUUUGCAAUCGCUCCCUCACCACUUUCUUUUGUACCAUUACCAAUGUUGGAGCUAUCAGACCACAUGAGCUUUUUUGAGAGAGUUCUAAAUGUUCUCAUGUACAUAGUAACUGAAUUACAGAUUAAAUAUUUUAUGGGUUCAUCAUACAAUGAAUUGCGUUAUCAACUAUUUGGUCCAGGAGUAGACGUUUUUGAAUUAGUUCAAGGAGCAGAAUGUAUUGAAAGAAGUGCUCUACAACUCUUCAUACUGGGAAAAUAUGCAGAGACUCUCCAGACUCCACAGAGAUGUGCCAAUAAAAUCUUUAGACAAUGCUGUCUUCUGGAUUGA